CUUGGCCUCAGCAGAGGCGGCGGCGACACCUUUAGCCCGCGCUGACCUCUCGGCGCGAGCGAGGCGACCCCAAUGCGCCCUUGCCCCAUUGUUCAUCACCAGUGAGACGUCCAGGUUGCCGCUCCCAAGACGUAUAUCGAGCAGCGAGGUUAUAUAUAAAGCGGACCGCGCUCGGUAGCCUCUUGCACAUUCAUGAACGGCUACUGAUCCGGAGUGUCGCCGCCGCACUCUGUGCCAGUGCACCCCCAUCCUCAUUCGUGCCCGGAGCCUCUCCGUGCAUCGACGAGUCAUGUGAAUAUCGUCCCUGGAUGCCGCUGGCCGACGACGAGGAGUCUCGAUGGCUUUCUUCUGGCUACCGGUUGGGUUCGUGUGCAUGGCGUUGGUUCAGCACGCACAUGGUGGCCAGCAACGUCAGCCAUCGCCAUUCGAGAUGUCGAGCGGCGUCAACAAGAACCAGCUGGACCUGGCCAAGGAGCUGCUACGCCUUUUCAACCUUCACCACGUGCUUGCGUCCAUGAACGUUUCUCACAGUGUGCGAGUAGGCUCGGGUAACGAAGGCUCCUCUUUCGUGCCCUCGAACCCAUAUUGGAUUCUUAUGAACCAUACGCAGCGACGGCAGCCAGUCCGGCCAAGUUUCGUGCCUACGGCGGUAAACAAAACUAGUGCAUUUAGGCCAACAGGACACUUUGUUAAGGUCAUCUCUACUACCGGCAAGAGAAACUACACUCAAAGCAAAACACCCAGACCUUCUCCUGCAGUCACAGCACUGGUACCUGAAAAAUCUCCGUCGUCUGGCUACAACCUCAAUUUAACAGCUUCAAAGGCUCUUCAAACGAAAAAUCAGAGUUUCGUUGCACCGUUGCCUAUGGAGAAAUUCACAUUCGAAGAUGCUCCUAAAAGCAGGCCUCUCUUGCGCACACUUCAAAAGGAAUCACUGACUAAGAAGAUCGAGCGGGCCAAGACGUCGUCUUUUUCAGCUGGGAGUAUGCACAGUGGCCCAAAAACUAAAAUAAGAAGCACCGAGAUCGAUGGCGAAGCCGCCUCUUCAGAUUUCAAGCUGCAGCCCGCCAUGAGAAUCAUAACGUCUCCGAGUAGCAGCGUCAAGCACGAAAUACCGGUAGCCUUUAACCACGCUUUUAUUGUUCUGGGCCAGCCUGUGGAAAGAAAGAAGGCGCUGGCAUCCGAUUACGAAGUGUCGGUCCUCGGAGCCGUUCUGGGAGACCUCAUUGACCAGUCUGAACCAGCUCACAAGCGUAACAGGACACGACAGUACAAACAUGUGUUCAAUAUUGGAGACAAGCCAGUGAUUCAGAUCACUGAGGUAUCAAACACACAUUCAGAGCAAAUACCGAAAACGAGCAGCUCUGCUGUUGGCGAAGAUGUCACUAGUAGGUCAGCUGUUUACAAGCACUGGUCGAGCCCUCGGACACCCGUCUAUAAAAAAGGUUCCGUGACUGAUGUGCGCGCUGUGGCCCACUCAUCACCUCGCAAGAACGAAGAACAUCAAUUUGAGCAGCCCUCAAAUAAGCUCAUCUCACCGAGAAUUGGGGAAAUUACUCUUGGCGCUAGUGCCUCUGAGCUACAGACAACGUACAAAGCACCUCGUCCAUUUCCGUCAACUCCCCUUUCCUACCAUUCUUCAAGGCACGGAAGUUUUGCCGCACGAAUGUUCAACGCGAGGAAUGAACAGGGCGCCUCAUCGUCGGGGGUUCAGUGGAUUCCGCUCAAGAAAAAACUUGUGAAACGAGAUGUGCCUUCCAAAACUGAGACCAAAGCCGAUGCUAAAGCACAAAACGCAAGUGCGCCCCUGAGUGCUCUUCUCGAUGACACUAAUACGAUAAAGCCUGGCAAAAAAUGGCGCGGAAUUCUCAAGCCAAGGUUUUACGAGACGGUGAACCUCACCGUGCCACAAUUGCUACCAGGAGUCAUUUUCACACCCGAUAUACGCGGCACCCCGAUUUCUUCCAUAUCGCCUUUCGACGAGGCUCCCAUCGGGAGCGUCCACCGAGUUGUGACGAUUUACGGGAAGAAGACCAACCAGAAGCCGUUGUCCCCUGUCACAGUCGUCGUAGCUGAAGGCUCGCAGCCAUCCUCAACUGUAAUGCAGCAGACAUCGAUAGUGAAGCGGCGACACGACGAACCAGAUCCGCCGAAACCCAAGUACCUCCACGGCCUGUCGGACAAGUAUGGCGAGCGGCCACCUCCUCCAGGUCGCAAGGACGACUACCUUCUCCACAAGGGGCCCAAGGGCUUCCGAGGAGAUGGCGAAGGCAGGAGGCCGCCUCUUGGCGGCGGUCGCCACCCACCUUCCUUGGAGCCCAAGUUCGAUCCUGAGUUCGAAAGGUCACGUUUCUUGAAGCCACCGCCCUUGUUCCCGGAAAGGGACCGACCGCCACACCACGGACGCCAUCCGGACGAUCACCCUCGUCACCGAGAUGGUCCACCGUACGGAGGGUAUGGAAACAGGCAUCCAGACAGGGGGCACUACGGAAAUGGCGAGCAUCCUGAUCGUCCCGUAAAAAGACUGCCACCGUAUCACGACGUGCCGGACAGGAGCGAGGGCCUGCCGCCUAAGGAGGACGGCGAAUUCGAAGAGGACCUCGACCCGUCGCGUUUCGAUGACUACGAGGCCUGGAGGCACCUAACGAGGCCACCGCUGCCAGCCGGCGGCUUCACACCACCCUUUAUGCCUGGCUACGGUGCCUAUCCUCCGUUUCGUGGCUCUCCUUUCCAAGGCGGUGGCCCGCCUUUCCAGGGCGGUGGCCCGCCAUUCCAGGGUGGUGGCCCGCCAUUCCAGGGUGGUGGCCCCCCUUUCCUGGGCGGUCCAGGUAUCGGCACCAUUCUGCCCGGAAAGAAGAUGGAAAAGUUCAAGUAUCUUCUCAAGGGCGGUUUUCGAGGUGCGGGGGGCCUUCGACCUUCAUUUUUCGGGACACCGCAAGGCUGGUACUGCCCGUGCAAUUACUACCCUCCAGCGGGACGUUUCGUCACUGCAGGCUAUCCUGGCUUCUGGGGACCAAUGCGUGGAGAUUAAGUCAAUUUUGUCCCCAACAUAUCCUGUCCUUCAAUAUCCACUUGUCUGUCCCGCAGGAAUUUUGUCUGUCAUCAGUGCAUACGCAGGCGAGCACAGUAAAAAAGUGAAAGUGUCUACUGGUGUUCAAGACAACGGAGGGCAUUUUUCCUCAUCACAGCCAUCUGCAGCAAUAAAGCGCAGUCAUUUCCACCCUUUCAUGCAUUCCACAACGCGCUGACAUAUCGUCCACGUGGGGUUUCUGAAAUUAAUGCCAGAAAUCAUGCUUAUUCACAUCAGACAUUCCGCCUUGUGGGCAAAGUGAACACGCAGCUGUUUGUGCCCUGCGUUUGUGGAAACUCGUGUGAAUAAAGGUCACAAG